GGCGCGGAGGGGCGCGGAGGGGCCCGCGGGCCGCGGUGGGGCCCCUGGGGCCGCCGCGAGCAUGCGCGACCCGCGCGCGUCACGGGAGCGGGCGAGGCCGGCGGGAGCGCGGAGCCCGGCGCGCCCCCUGCCUCCCUCCCUCCCUCCGGCACCGCUGCUGUCGCUCCCGCGCCUCCUUUCGCCUCCACCGAGCGCCGCCAGCGCUCCCCGCCGCCCGUUAGAGACCCGCCGCAGAGGGGAGAGCGCGACAGCCGGCAGCACGGGAGAGGGAAGGACCCUCCCCCCGCCGCGAACCCUCUUCCUCCUCCUCCGCCUCCUCCUCCUCUUCUUCUUCCUCCUCCUCCCCCGCCUCCUCCUCCCGGCCGGGAAGAGCUCGCUGUCCCCGCAGCAGCCCCGCUGGAUGCACUGAGCGCUCGGGGAGCGGGGCAGGAGGGAGCCGGGAGCCCCGCCGCGGAGGCGCUGCGCUGCCCGGAGGCUCACGGCCAUCUGCUUGAAUUCUUUUAUUCCGUGUGUCCCCCCCCGCCCGCCGGUGGCUGGCUUUGCCCCUGCCUCCUCCUCUCUGCCCGCGGGAGCCAGCCCAGGCGGCGGCGGCGGCGGCGGCGGCGGGGGCUGCUUUUUUUUCUCUUCCCCCCCCUUUUUUUUUUUUUAAUUUUUUUUUUUUUUUAAAUUUUCGUCGCCGCCAUGGGAUGUACCCUGAGCGCCGAGGAAAGAGCCGCCCUGGAGCGGAGCAAGGCCAUCGAGAAGAACCUGAAGGAGGACGGGAUCAGCGCCGCCAAAGACGUGAAACUCCUCCUGCUCGGGGCCGGAGAAUCGGGGAAAAGCACCAUCGUGAAGCAAAUGAAGAUCAUCCACGAGGAUGGCUUCUCUGGAGAAGAUGUGAAGCAGUACAAGCCAGUGGUCUACAGCAACACUAUACAGUCACUGGCAGCUAUUGUACGUGCCAUGGAUACCUUGGGCAUUGAAUAUGGUGAUAAGGAGCGACGGGCUGAUGCCAAGAUGGUCUGCGAUGUCGUAAGUCGGAUGGAAGACACAGAGCCCUUCUCUCCAGAGCUGCUGUCGGCUAUGAUGAGGCUGUGGGCAGACUCUGGGAUCCAAGAAUGCUUCAACCGGUCCCGGGAAUAUCAGCUUAAUGACUCGGCCCAAUACUACCUAGACAGCUUAGAUCGAAUUGGAGCUGCAGACUACCAGCCUACGGAGCAGGAUAUCCUCCGAACCAGGGUGAAAACAACUGGCAUUGUAGAAACCCACUUCACAUUCAAAAACCUCCACUUCAGGCUCUUUGACGUCGGGGGCCAGCGGUCAGAACGCAAGAAGUGGAUUCACUGCUUUGAGGAUGUCACAGCGAUCAUUUUUUGCGUCGCACUGAGUGGCUACGAUCAGGUGCUCCAUGAAGAUGAAACCACGAACCGCAUGCACGAAUCACUGAAGCUUUUUGACAGCAUCUGCAACAACAAAUGGUUCACGGAUACAUCUAUCAUCCUCUUUCUAAACAAGAAGGACAUAUUUGAGGAGAAAAUUAAGAAAUCUCCACUGACUAUCUGCUUUCCCGAGUAUACAGGCCCCAACUCUUUCACGGAGGCGGUGGCUUACAUCCAGGCUCAGUAUGAGAGCAAGAACAAGUCCCCCAACAAGGAGAUCUACACGCACAUCACCUGCGCCACCGACACCAACAACAUCCAGUUUGUCUUCGAUGCCGUCACAGAUGUCAUCAUCGCCAACAACCUGCGGGGAUGCGGACUCUACUAAAGCCCUCUCCUCUCCUCCUCUCAUCACGCCCACCGGGAGCAUCCUCCAGUCCCGCGGGCAGGUCCUCUCUCUUUCUUUUUUUCUCCUCCUCAGAAGAUGAUGAGGAAGAAAUACAUAAAUCCUUCCGCCCAUCCCAGAAAACUUUGCAGCAAGGUCUGCUUUCCCCAGCCCUAUUUUAUUUUAUUUUCGUUUAUUUUUGGUUCAUUCCCUUGCUGCCUUGUUCUACUCCUCCGUUCCAAUUCACAGUGCUGUAGAGGGAGCCAGUGUGUUUCCCACAAAGUGCAUUUCAAAUGCCAAAAGACAAAAAUACUUCAGUUUUAAAAAAAGGAAAAAUCAAAGCCUUAAAAUACUGAUCAGCAACAGUGUAGUUUGGAACCGAAACUUUUUUUCCCUUGAAAUUAAGGGAUAUUUUUAAUUCUCCUGGUUAUUUAUCUUUUUUUUUUUAAAUACUAUUCCUUUGGAAAGUGCUAGAUACAAUGGGAUCGUUCUGAGGGUACCGUACAGCUCCAGUUCCUACCCCAAAGUUGGUCAGUGUCGAACACAGCUGCUGCAGCUUGGAUUUGUAUAUUCUCCUUUUUUCCAGACAGCUAUUUGAACAAGUAAACAGCCAUAUCGAGUUCUGCUGGUGUCCGAGUAAGACGGACACAGUAACAAAGCCUACUAAGCCUUGUCUAAAUGCAUUUGUUACCGGUAACAGCUUUACCUCAAGUUUUUCAAAAUUAAUGUUAAAAUAUGUCUAGUGGUUUCAGUAACCCGUUUCUGAGGCGCUUCGCUGGAUGCCACAGAGCUGCUGGGCUGAGCGGUGCUGGUGGCAGCUGGGCAUGGACCCCUGGAGCAUAGGCAGCAAGGAUGCCCCGGGGAUGGAUGAUGUGCUGAGGGGGACCCUGUGCAUGGGAGCGUCCUGGCGAGGAUGCCAGCCUGGGUACCUAGAAACCUUUCCCAAAGCACCUCCCAGCCUCGUGAUUUCAGCACAACUGAUGCUCCUGCAAACAUGCGGCAUCUCUUUCCAAACCUUGGCCCUAAAACACUGGCAGUGCAGCAAAAGUAUUUAGCCCUGGCUUCUCGUAGGCAGGGUUUGACCUUCAAGUACCUGAAAUGGAGAGAGGUGCUUUGGGAAACAUAACCAUGCUUGGGUGAUAGCAGGGUCUGCAGGAGCCUCGUGGCUCUUUAUCACACCUUGGGCAUCAAAAUACGCUUGAGAAGCCCAGCCUUGCACUCUGAGCCUCCUUGGCCAAGUGGAAGCAAGUAGCUUGCCUGUGUCAUCUUCCGCCUGGACGUACAGGAGAGGCAGCUCCUGUUUCAGUGUCUCAAGUCAGGGCAUCUCUUCACCAGUACCUAACGCGAGAGAGAUGGUUUAUAUUAGCCAUGUAGUUGCAAGGGAAGGCUCAGGGAGCUGAUUAGAGCCAAGUGAUGGAGUAGGAAGGAAAAGUGCAAGGAAGAGAGAGAAGGGAGGAAGGAAGGGCAGGGGGAGAGGUGUGGAAAGGGCAAGGGUAGCACUCAGCACAUCAAAAUGUGGGGGCACAAAGGAGAGGACAAAUGCAGCUGGGCUGGGGUAUGUGUGGCCAUCUGUCUCCCAUCACCAGGAGCUCUGGGUGCUGUUGGGUAGAGGGUAGAGGGGAGUAUGAGAGUUGGGGUGUCACCUCUGGGAGCAUGGAGGGACCCUUAGAAGUCCACCCUGAAAGCUUGUUUGGUAGCUGGGUGAGACAGCCACCUCCGAGGUCCCACUCAGCAUGGCACCUGGGGGCAGGUAGCCGACAGUGAUCCCUGCCUCUUCUCUGCCUCUCUGAAAAGUCCACAGUUCUGAAAAAUGUGAGUCUUUCCAGGCCAGCCACAAGUUCAGCUGUCCUCUCUUGGGAGCCCGGGCUAGGGGUGUCUUUCAGGUCUCAGGAGGUCUGAGUUUUCUCCAGUGCCAUGCCGGAGAGGGACAAUAUCUCUUUUCUCGCUGUGCCCAUCUAGGAGAGAUGGUGUGAGAGCAGCCCAAAGCAGCACAGGCCAAAGGCGAAGGGAGGCAGGGAGAGGAGCAGGUCCAGUGGCAUGGGAUAGAAAGGACUGGCGGGAGAGGCUUGGGGAGGGCAGUUUGGGACAGAAGUUGCAGAAGGGAGAUGAGGCAGGUCGAGGCAGCAGGGAGGAUGGGAAGAGAAGGGCACCUGGGAGGCAGAGGAGAAUCCCCAUCAGAUGUCGCACUCUGCUGGGCAGCGUUUGUGGGACAUCCAUGACAAAACCCCAGCCAGGGGUGUGAGCAGGAGCACUGUGGGGCAAACAGGGGAUGCCUGUGGAGGAGAACAAGGUGGCUCUCACCCAUGUAACCAGCUCACAACCCAGCUUGAUUGGCAGCUGUGCCAGUAACCACCUAAAUAGUGUAAAAUUAUAAAACUGUAUUUAGUAUUGUACAGUGAGGACCCGCUGCUGCUCUGCUGCACACUAACAGCAAUAACACCAGGUCUCUGCCUCCCCUGCUCUGGCCCAAGGGAGUACCCACCUUUCUCUUCACCAUCUCAGCCUUAAAAUACCUCUGGCAGCAUCAGCUCCCACAGAGAGCUAGCCAGCCAGCAAAGCCAGGAGACCCUCUCUGCUCCUCAUGCCACAUCCCACCCACAUGUCUUGUUUUCCCAGGUCCCAGCCCCUCUCCCAGCUCUAUUUAAUGUCAACACACUCUGCUGUACAACCAUAAACCAAAGGAACACUGACCACAAGGCCUGUGCAUUUAACUGUAUUUGGUUUAGCUUAUGAUUUUCAGAGUCAAUGGGAAGGAUUUUCAAAGAAAGGAUUUGCAGUGGGAAGCACCUGCCCAGUUCUCUGGUUGCUUGGAAGGGACCAGCCAGAUGCCCCACCCUGAAAAGAGUUAUGUGCAUGUUGAGCUCUAGUCCCUGAAGACUAAAGUCAAGGGAAUGACAGUAAAAAGCAACUAACCUGUUUGUUUUUGCAGGAAGAGGAGUUGAGUGCAUAAAUAGGCAAUGUGAAAAAGAAAUAUGCAGGACUGAGAUCCACCCCUCCCAAGCUUCCCCUUGAGCCCAAGCCAAGCUUUCUGCUGGCAUACCCCCAGCUGAUCACAGAGGUCAUUUUACUCCAGGUGAAAUUUAGGCUGCUGUCUGAGGUCAUUGAGUUAGCACAGUCCCUCACUUUGCUUUUCAGCACAGUGCAUGAUGGUGAUGGGAUGGUGCUUCUACUGCAGAGGGGGCAGGGAGUUAGCUGGCGGGAUGCAGAGGGACGCUCCUGGAGCUUGUCAUGUGUAGGUGACCAAGUCCCACCAGUAACACCUAGAGUUCAAAUGUGUGUUGAGUGUCAAAAUAAGGGCUGAAAAGCUGCGUGUUGGUUGCAUUUGGUAUGUAACAAUUAGACCUACAGUGAAGCACCAGAGCUGUGUGCAGUGGUGCACUCAUGACUUGCACUGGCAGCGAGGCAGGUCUUUAUUAAGCUGUUUCAGAAGGAUUUGAUCAGCAGUGCUAGAAGUUUGGAGGUUUUCUGUUCCCACCCCUUGCUGUGGGAGACAUUUUAUCUGAGUGAAUAAGUAACAGAAGCUGUUCCCAGUGAGGGCAGCACCAAGCCAAGGCUUCAGGAGUUCCCAGCAUAAAGCACACAGGAAUAUUUUGGUAAAGACCAUUUAAAUUAACCCAGUCCCAAACUCUAACAGAUACAGCUGAGUCACCGGUGCUGGCUUAGUGCACUUGUGCCACACUCCAGGGUGGAUUCAGGUAACCCACACCUGGCCGUGCUGGCAGGGAGGUCCAAACCACCUCCUGCCCCAGCUCCAGCUGUUUCCCCAGGACAUUGGUGAUGAUCAACGGCUGGUGCUCAACAGGGAGAAAAGGGAGAAAAAGAAGAAGAAAUGUUGACAGACAGAGCCUUUUCUUUCAAUUUCUUUGGCAUACUGUAUUUCUAAAGCUUCAUUUCAGCAGCUGCUGCUGACAUUCCCUCCCUCACACAAGUGUCGUGAGGAUUCAGUGGCAACGGCUGGAAACAGCAUUUGGAAGAUGAAAUGCUUCCAGUGUUAAACACUACUAUUUCUCCUGCUUGAUGGCCUUGUAUAGAUUUUUGUCUCCAGAAUGCCUGCCAAAGCAUUAAUCACCACUGGCUUUUAGCAUCCUCCCAAGCCUUUUCUGACAGAUGUGCCUUCUGCAGGCAAUUUUUUGCCCCAUGUUUUUUCCUAAACACUGGCAGUCCUUGCAGUGAUUGCCUAGAAAAAAGACCUUGAAAUGCAUUCCCUGCUUUCAAAAGCCUUCUUCUUAAUUGCCCCUUGUGCUUUGCAAUUGCAUUGCUCCAAAUCCAGACCCUCAGAGAGCCCCGGUUAGGUUGAAUUUGCAGUCACCACAUAGCAAGGAUGUUGCAACUGGUAGAGAUGCAACAGGAAUCAUACUGGGGUGUGGGGGACAUAUUUUAAAAGCACAGUGAUUCACAGAAUUACAACAGCUACAUAUACACCCUGCUGCACUUCAAAGUUAAUGUGGGAAUUUGCAAAAGGUGCCCUUUUUGGGAUGCAGGAGGUUUUUAAUGACUCGAGUCACUUAUCCAGCAGCAGCAUCCACGGGGCAUCGCAUUGAAAGCGCUAGCAGCUUGCAGUGAGCUUCAAACAGCAGCAAAAAGAAAGAUGGAAGCCCCCCUGCUUGCUUAUUGGCAAUGAGAGGGUUGGGUGUGUGGAGCUGUGAGAGCAAAAAAAGUGCAAAUAGUUCCUUUAUUUAAACAACAAUUUCAGUGAAAUAGAGAAACCUGUAGAAGUCAGGCCUUGAAAUGAGCCUGUAGAUGGGACUGCAGGGAUAACUGCAGAGCGCCAUGCUCCUUGGGAGGACGCAGUAGCUGGGCUUAUUAGGAGAACUAGCAAUAAACACGUGCUGGGAAAGCACACACUAGAAUACAGCCACAUGCUUCAAAGGCCAGUUUUUUCUUUAGCAAAUAGAGUUCACACGCUCAUUUUUUACAUACAGCUAGAGGAGCCCAGCCAAGCGGCAGGGUAGCAGGAUCACUUGGCGAGGCCAUCUGGCCCCUCUGUCUGCCAGCACCAGACUGUCCCUGCUGCCCCUGCCCUCCCAUGGGGCCCCAGCUGGGUCCAGUGAGGGGUCAGUCAGCUUCCCACCACUACCCUCCCAGAAAUUCUUCCAACUAAAUUUCUCUCAGGAGUUUUUUAUGAGAAUUAGCUUCUUACCUUCAGCCAGCUUUCCUGGAUGGCCAGCCAGCCUGUCCCUCCACAGAGGGGAGAGCAUCCUCAGGAGGAGGCUGCCAUGUCUGCUCAGUACAUGUGAUUUCUGUUUUACAGGACACUAAAAGUAUUAAUGAGAGUAGUCUAUACUGUAAUGUACACUUAAAAGUAUCUGAUUAUUUUAAUCAAUUGUGGCAUGAGCCCAGUGCUUGCCUGCAAGGGAACAGACUUUGUUCUCAGGCCAGGAAUGCAAUGUCCAAGAGCUCAGGAUGGGACACAGGCUAUGUCCUUUUGCCAAAACAUCCCGGUGUGCCCAGUCGCUGCUGUAUAAAGCAUCGGGCAGCCCCUGACUGUGCAGCCCGACACGGCGUGGGGUUCAGCUGGGGGUGGCAGACAGCCCCACAGGGGUUUGUGCAGUUGAUGCUGUAAAAGGGACCAACCCUGUACCGUAGCCUGUGCAACAUGUCCAAGUAUUUCGUGGCCAAAAAAUCUCCUGGAGCCAAGGAGACAUUUGUUGUUGAGCUCCCGGGAACACAGCUGACCAUGUGUCAAAUUGAUUAGAGAAGCUUAGUACUAGUGUGUUUCUGUCUUUGUCACGGGCCAGGUUUGUCUUCAGGCUUACAACCAAAAACUCCACAACCUUUUCCAAGGAGACUAAAAUACUCAUUAACAAUCUGAUGCUGGAAGUGCCAAGGUCAACAGGGGUGGUGCUACUGAGCAUCACCCUGAGCCACCCAAACCCAUCACACACUUGCAUCUCCAACGCAUGCAUGAGAAAGCAGAGAUGUGGUCCAGGUGGCACAAAGGAGCAGACCACAGUCUUGUCUCUACCGCCCCAGAGGAAAGAGCAGACAGAAACACUCUCCUACAGCACCCCAAGACUUGUGUAUAUUAUCAUUUCUCAGCUCCUGCAAUGACACGAGAUAAUUGGUGCUGGCAGAUAUAGGUAUGUGACCUAUGUAAGAUGUUACAUUGAGAACAUGGCACGGAAAGGGACUUCUCACAGGACCACUUGUGUCCAAACCAGCAGUCUGUGAGCUCCUUAUUCAUGCUGCAAAGGCUAGCUGGUGAACAUGAGCAAGUACCACCCUUAAACACUGAUAUGUUAAUAAGAGCAGGAGGACCAAGGCCUCCUAGCUGACAUCCCACAGUGGAAGGAAAGUGAAGGGAGCUCAGUUGGGGACAGGGCAAAAACACCUUCACCUCCCAGAGAGGGCAGCUCAGUUCUCUGCAGGCACUGUGUGCAGCAGGGAUGGCGGGGAGAGACCCAGGGUAGAGGUGGACGGCUGGGAGCCGGCCCAGCGCUCACUGCCCUGGCCCCUCUCCCACCCAGUGUCUUAGAAAUUAACAUCAAGAUCAAAUCCUGUCCUGUAGCACAGGCAAGCGGCUCCAGCUCUAGAUCACCUGCUCCAGGUGGGGAGAGGAGAUCACAAGGGAUAACAACACAGUUUUCAGCAUUGUUCAAGUCUCACCAGCUUUUUCACUGCUGGAGUAACCCAGUGGCACUGGGCAAGCAACCAGGGUUCUUUAAAGAUCAUCUAUUGCCCUGUCAAAUAGCCCAGUCCCUAAUUUAAUAUCCUCACCCCUAUUUGCCCCCACCUCCCUUUCCCCCCUUCAGCUCGACAUGGGAACAGUGACCAUCACCCUGCCUCUGGGCCCCCACCACAUUUCUUCCGGAAGGAUUGCCAGAGGCCACCACGAUUUUCCUUUUGCUGGUUUCCCGCUGAAUUGUUUCUCCUGCAUGUUUGAUGGCCCAAACUAUAUUAACUGUAAUUUUGUACGAAGAGUGACUGUCCAUUGGUUUAAUAGAGCAUUAGUUAUUGUAAUAAUUUAUUGGCUGUCGGUAAUGUAUUUAUUAGUUACAAAAUGUUAAUAAAGUGCCAGCUCUUUUCUAGUGUGA